AUGACUAAAAAUGUGUUUAUCUUCUCCUGGAGGUGAGUUAAGAUGUUAAGAUCAGGGAGCUGUCAAUGUAGUUACAUCAUGUUUGGAAUUUAGAUGUAGAUAAAAAUCAAAGAUCUCUUUCUUGCCCUUUUAAAUUCAGCCCUCGAGUCAAAAUUUGUGCUGCAGCAGUUAUCAUGAAUCACAGAAACCAUAACUGAUUGGGAUUAUUGGUCGCCAUCAGCGGCUGUCACAGAUUUAGUCGUACUUCCAAGAUUGAUAUUUCUGUCAGCGAAUCCACCUGCGCUUAUUCACUUUUUAAUCAUUCCAGAAAGAUUUUUCUUUUCUUUUUUUCUUUUCUUGCCUACUAACCUGCAUUUAAGACACAAGAAGUUCAGUAAAAGUAGGGCGAGAGCACAUAAUCAUUGAUACCUGGUGUGAAAAUGCACUCUGUCAGCAUUGCCAGCAUCAACAACCUGACACAAAUGGUUUGAUCAUUAACUGUAUCAUUUUCAACUUGUGUUACUUUAAGAAGUAAAAAUCUUUUAUGACUCUUUUUGUGAGAGUGACCAGAAACUAUGUCAGGUUUUCCAGCUGUACUGUGCAGCUAUGAAACUCCUCAAACAAGGUCCGCAGAUGAUGGAAAGUUCAUCAGCAGCAGGAACACAGGAUCAGCAGCCCCGAGGGAGCAAGAGUAAGAUGAGCUGACUGAACUAACACCAGCAGUCCAGAAGCUGUUGAAAGGUUACCAUGCGAUAUUGUUGGACAAACGUCAUCUUGGCUUUGGUAUCCAUGGCAACCCUAGCACAGUGCCAAAGUGGAGAUGGGGACUGGGGUUCAGGCUUUGACAUCUACUCUGUGAUAAUGGCCACCAAUAACACAUUGCAGGCUGUUGGUGAUGAGCCUGCGAAGGUAAAAAACAGCCACGACUGGACCACAAUGGCAGCAUCCUCACCAUCACCUACACCUGAGCUCCACCACGAGCCCCAGUCGGACAGGUGCUCGGUCCACUUCAGCACCAACACUGCUUCAGCUCGAAGACUGAAGGCCCAGAGAGAGGAGCUGGCCUACCUGCAGGCCAUACAGCAUGGGAACAAGGCAGUGAUGGAGAACUUAGUGCAAUUUGUAGGGGAUGAGCUGGGAGAUCAGCGCUAUGAAGAUGUGAUCAAGGAAAAUGUCAUUGGCAUUCAAGAGGACCAGAAGAGCUGCCACGAGGUGGUAGAAAAAGCAGAAGAGGAUCUAAAAAAGCAGCUGGAGGGAGACGUGCCGGACUCCUUCUCUGGGAUCCACAAAAUCAGAGAGGAGUCCUUGGCCUUUGAAGACAUGCUUCGUGCUGCCGCGGACAUCGCCAGCAGGCUGGAGAGCUCAGCACAGGCCCUGCACACUUCAUUCACCAAGCAAAUGAAAGACAUUGUGAAAAUCCAUCGCUGAGAAAGCAUUGAAAAGUGUUUUGAAAAGUGUUUACGCAUCAUCCUUGAACUUGUGAAUGAUGGUUGGCAUUCCGUGAGGUCUCAAAUUCAGGAAAUAUACCCUCUCGCCAUUUUAUAAUUGUAUUUUUAUGUACAUGUGCUGAGCAUUGCUGGGAUGCAACAGUAUGUUAAGGUUAGACUUCACAUCAACUGAAGCAGUCAACGAAGAUGGAUUGUUGACACCUCCCUUUCACAGAAUAUCCCCAGGACGGAUGACAUAUGAUUUUCCAUCCACGCAUUAUUCAUGGAAUUUUUGUGAGGUCAAAUAUGGGAACAGCAUGCAGUGCAGCUUUGAGCUAAGCUCGGUGUUUAUGGAUCAAAAUAGAUGGGCCUUCAGAGAACAAAACAUAAUGACUCUGUUACUCUUCUCCAGGGGAAGCUAUGGGUUGGCCAUCUGGUUCCAGGGUAAGGAUGGAGUCUGGGAUAUACUUAUAAUGACUAUGUGGUAAUAGAGAUUUUAUUUCUGCAACAAUAAGUGAAGGACAGGACUGGAACAACCAAUAAAGGGUUUGUUUUCUUAAGAGAAAUAUCCAUGGGGAUAAGUUUCUAUAUGAAUAUUAAGACAGAUCCUAUGAUUAGAGAAAAAAAAAGGAUAAACUGUCUAUGCAAGAUAUGUUUGCAGUUUCCCGGCUUAAGAAACCUAUUUAAACAAGGUUUCUCUUUAAUCCCGGUAGGACUUCCUGAAGGGGGCUGCCUUUUCAUUUUUUAAAAUAAAAUAUGUAGCAUUAUAUUUUGGAAAAUAGAUUUAUGUUCAAUCUUGUAAACGGCAAAAAUAUAUAUAAAUAAAGCACCUUGUUGUUUGAUGUUUUUUACACUUACAUUGUUUUUAAACAAAAAUAUUCAUUAUGGUGUUUUCACAGCUCCUGUGCUCAUCAGUAGUUUGGGGUACAAACUUCACUCACCCGGUCUGCCCUCUAGCUGUUUUCCAAAUAUAUAUCGCACCAUGUUGUGCCGUGUUCAGCUUCACGUCACUCGUCAGAGU